AUGGCAGAGCGAGUGGUUGAUAGGAGCGUUAGAGCAAGUACUGUGAGUGUAGUUAUCCCUAAAAGAGAUAGGAGUGCGGGUGUCAGAAGAGUAGGGUCAGUUAGUUGUGAGCAAGAACAGCAGUAUUACAGAUGUGGUAAGCCAGGACACAGGAAGAAUGAAUGUCGGUGGGCGUUAGGGGUGUGUUUCGGGUGUGGGCAAAUGGACCAUUUGGUGAAUGAGUGUAAGAAAGAUAGGGGUAUUAAGUGUUACAGGUGUGGGCAGAUAGGGCAUAUAGCUAGUGGAUGUCCGGGUACCCGUGUGAGCGAGGCCUGCGGUAAUUAUGGGAAGAGUGGGCAUUAUGCUAGGAUGCGUAAGGAGCCGCGCGUGAAGUGUGUUGAAUGUGGAAUGGAAGUUCAUGUGGAGAGUGUGUGUAGGCGAAAGAGGAUGAGUCAGGCUGGGAAUUCAGGAAACUAG